GGUUGGGUCGAGAAAAAAGAGACGGUUGUAAUGCUUGGUUGUGUUGAAAGAGGGCAGAGUAUCUGGCAAAAGGCAUUGCGUAUACGUUUAGCAUUAAGUACGCAUAAUAAUGUUGCCAAAAGACACUGUCAGGACGGUUCCCCAAAAUGUGAGUCACCACUAGCAAAUCCAGCAUUACUGCUAAGUGAGGGGUUCCCUAAUUUCCCCACCACUUAG